AUGGCGCACCGCUCGAGAAGCUCGCGAGACUACCCCGACGGCUCAAGGCACCGCUCGUCGCGCGACCGAGGAUAUACCAGCGAGAAGCCACGCUCCGUCCCUCCCUCCGAUCGCCGUGACAGGCGCGGCUCGUCUCUGCCACAGUACAACCACAAUGGACACAAGGUGACCCCCGGCCUUCACCCCGAGGGCGAAAGUGGCCGCAGGGGUUUCAACCCGGUCAAGUUCCUGGUCAUCAGCGGCAGGAGUAGCAGCACGAUGUCUAUGCUAGUGAACUGCCUAUGGCCCAUUGUACCUGUAGCAAUUGCACUGCACUUUGCGAGGCCCGAAUGGCAUCUAGCGAUCUUCAUUACCAACUACAUUGCCAUGCUUCCUGCAGCCAACUUGCUCGGUUUCGCUGGCCAGGAGUUCUCGCGCAAGAUGCCAAACAAGGCCUUUGCUGUCGUUCUCGAGACAACAUUCGGUUCCGUUGUCGAAGUUAUCCUGUUCAUGGUCUUGCUCAAAACCUCCAACGGCGACUCAAACGUGCAGGUUAUCAAGGCUGCUAUAUUGGGGUCUAUCUUGGCCAACCUGCUCCUCUGCCUUGGUACCUGUUUCAUUGCCGGUGGUGUCAAGCAUGACGUCCAAGAGUUCCAUAGUGCUGUCUCUGAGAACGGUAGUGGCUUGAUGCUCGUAGCUGCUACCGCGCUCGUACUUCCCGCUGUCUUCUACGCAUACCUCUUCCAAAACCCCGAUUACGAACAGACUGUUGAUAUCGCCUAUAACACUCGACUGAUAUCCCGUGGUGUCGCCAUCAUCUCCAUCGUUGGCUACCUGGUCUACUUGUAUUACCAGACCGUAUCCCACGAUGGGUUGCUCCAUGAGAUCUACGAGGCAGACGACCACAAGGACAAGGACCGCCACGAGGAAUUGGCUAAGCCCAAGCUUACCCUAACCGAAGUCAUCGUUGCUCUUCUCGUCUCACUGGCCUGCGUUGCACUCGUCGCUAUCUUCCUCGUCCUCGAAAUCCCGCAUAUAGUAGAGCGAGGAGUUAGUGACUCCUUCGUCGGACUUAUCCUUAUCCCGCUGGUUGAGAAGAUCGCCGAGCACCUCCUCGCCAUUGACGAAGCCUAUGACAAUCAGAUCAACAUGGCCCUUGCCCAUGUUCUCGGUGCCUCUAUUCAGACUGCCCUGUUCAACGCACCCCUUGUGGUACUGGUUGGUUGGGGUAUUGGUGUCGGCAUGGACUACAACUUCGCCAUCUUCGACGCUGUUGCCCUGGUUUUGGCGGUCCUGGCGGUUGGCUCAUUCCUCCGCGACAGAAGCUCGAACUACCUGGAGGGUGUACUCUGCGUGAUGACGUACGUCAUCAUCGCAGUAUGUGCGUUCUACUUCCCCAACCCUGCACACCACGGUGCUUCCGGAGGCAGCGCUGAGGGUGGCGCUGAGGGCGGCCACUGA